AAGUCAAGGACAUACAUUUUUUAUAACAUAACAAAAAUAAUCGAAAAAGGAAAGUGGAAACUACACAUAUUUAUUGACUGAAGUGUAUAAAAAAUUAAUAGCAUAUCUUAUCCACAGUUAUCAUCUUAAUGAAUAUUGCGCAAACGGAAAACGGACCACUCACAGACGUUGAAAUAUACUUACACUUAGUUUGUGGUUAAAUUAAUCUAUAAAGAUAUCUGUCCACUUCCAAUUUUACUUCAGAAAUACAAAGAUAUUUCGAUAUAUCUAUAAAUUAUUUAAUAUGUCUACAAAACAUUUAACAGUUGGUUCUGUAGAGCCUCCAAGAACAGAGGGCCUUCUCAGGUUCUAUUCCAUGAAAUUCUGUCCUUUUGCCCAACGAGCUGCAUUAGUCCUGAAAGCGAAAAACAUUCCUCAUGAUGUUGUAUAUAUUAAUUUAUUCAAAAAACCAGAGUGGUACAGCAAAAUCAAUGAAAAAACAUUAGUACCAGCCAUUCUUGAUGGUGAUAAAAUAGUUGUAGAAAGCCUGGAUAUUGCUGAUUAUCUAGAUGAAAAGUACCCUGAAAACCCACUCUAUCCUGAAGAUCCUGCAGCCAAGCAGCAGGUUAAGGAUAUUAUUAACAAGGCAGGUGGUCCACAAGGGGUUUUUAUAAAAAUCGUAUUAGGAAAAGAAGAACAUUCAGCAGAAGAAUGGGCUAAAUUGUUGCUUGAAGCUCUUCAGCCUUUGGAAGAAGAACUUUCGCAGAGGGGAACACCUUUCUUUGGUGGAGAUAAACCUGGAAUGGCUGAUUACAUGAUUUGGCCAUGGGCAGAGAGAGCAGGAUGUAUAGGAAUUAAAUUACAACAGAAACUUCCUUUGAAAGACUCAGACAUCCCACUUUUAAGGAAAUGGAGAAAAGAUAUGAUGAAUGAACCAGUUUGCAAAGAGUUAUAUAUUAGUGGUGAGAGGUUUUGGAAGAUCACAAAAGCAAAAGUGGCUGGAGAGGAACCAGCUUAUGAUGAAAUAUGAGAUAGAUACUUAAAUCAAUAGAAGUCAUAUUAAUUCCAUGCAAAAUUUGUCAGAUGAAAUGAUAAAAUAUACCGUUACUCUGAUGUUUUAUAUCAUAAGCUUCCGUAAUUCACUUAUUGUUGCCUACACCCUGUACUAAACCUGAAGACAAUAAAUAUUACAGCUUUUUGAUGA